AUGUAUGCGGACCAAAGUCUGGAUGUCAACGAGGAAAUGCUGGCACACAUUGCAAACCAAGACAUCUACUUAACUGUGGAGGCAUUCACUCAGCACCGCAAGCACGCAGCGCACACUUAUGAAAUGUUGGUGCGCUGGGAAGACCUCGAGGCCAUCGAGGAUUCCUGGGAGCCUGUGAGGACUAUAUAUGAGGAUGUUCCGAUCAAGUUGCAGGACUAUGUCGACAGUGCCGACGACGACGAAUUACGUCAGUUCGUUCUCCAACUGCGGUCGCAUCCCCAAGGAAGAAAGCGUGCAGAGUCUACAGCCCAGCCAACUCUGUCUCACCGUCGGGGCAAGCGUGGUGGGGAUAAUGAUGCUCAACCGAAGCCGCCAAAACAGAAUCACCGCCAACGCCGCGCCAAGCGCAACACCAAGAAGUAG